AUGCCUUUUCUCCAACCAAAAUGGCUCAUAGUACUCGGAGCCUUGAUCACUUCCUCGCCUGCGGUCGAGUUUGACUUGGUGUUUCCUCGAAGCGAUGCCUCAUACUCACCAGCCGAGUCGUUCCCAUUCGUCUUUGCUGUGCAGAACACGGAAAGGGCAGAGCUUCUCAACCUCCAAUUAUCCUACUACAUUUACAAAAGCAAUGACGGGCUGAAUUUUGAUAACCAAUUAUCUAUGGUCCAUGAUUUCUCGUGGACAAAUUGGUCGGGCAGCGCAGACCCUUACUUCGUCUACGACUACUUCGACAACAGCUUUAACACAUCCGGUCGUUGGUUGGUUCAAUGGAAGCUGAGCUGGGAAAGCUGCAAUGUGGAAGCGCUGACCCACCGCCAUGAUAGUGAUGGAGUCUCUGAACACUACUACCAUUGGACGGCGGGCUUCUAUAUCAACAAUUCCAGUCUCAAGGAGGUGGACCUUGUCGCAGCUACCGCAAAUAAAAGCUGCCCCGGAAGCCCCAACGGAAUCGUCAUCAAUGUGACCGAUACAGUCAUGAGUUCUCCUUCGUGGCUCAACUGGGCACACCGGGACACAUGUGUCGUUACUGAAAACACAACUGCCAGUCCUACAACCUCUACCCCGGACCCAUGUCGUAUUGCGAUAGACGAGGAUACGGCCGAGAGCAUGGCUGCCGCUCAGCAACAGCGCUUCUGCUACCUUCCGGUUCCCCCUGAUAACUGUCCUAAAGAGGAGAAUGGGGCUACACAAUCGGCUAUACUCGGUGUAUGUGGAAUGCUAACUGUAAUUGGAGCUUUGGGCCUUGCCAUCUUGUAA